AUGUCGACUUCCCCGACGCUCUUUGAGCAGAUUCCUCUGCCGACCCUCGAUCGCCCAUUUGGCAUCCACCUGUGGUCACUCUUCGACAAGUUCUGCUGGACGCCUCUCCUGGGCUACUCGGCCGAUGAAUUCAAGUUUGUGCCUUUCGAGACACCCAUGUCCACUCUCAAGUCGACCUCAAUCUUCAUUGUCGUCUACUAUGCCAUCAUCUUCGGCGGCCGAGAGGCGAUGCGCAACCGCGAGCCCUUUAAACUCAAGACUCUCUUUUUAAUUCACAAUUUUGUGCUUACGGCCGUCAGCGCCAUUCUUCUUGCUCUCUAUUUUGAGGAACUUCUUCCCACCGUUGUUCGCGGAGGCAUCUUCCACGCCAUCUGCCACCACGAUGGCGGCUGGACCCAGCACCUCGUUGUCCUGUACUAUCUUACCUACCUGACCAAGUAUCUUGAGCUGCUCGACACUGUCUUCCUCUUCCUCAAGAAGAAGCCUCUCACCUUCCUCCACUGCUACCACCAUGGCGCUACCGCUCUUCUCUGCUACACCCAGCUCAUCGGCUCGACUGCUGUCUCUUGGGUUCCCAUCACUCUCAACCUUGGGGUUCACGUUGUCAUGUACUGGUACUACUUCCAGAGCGCCCGUGGUAUCCGUAUCUGGUGGAAGGAGUGGGUUACCCGCUUCCAGAUCAUCCAGUUCAUCAUUGAUCUUGGCUUUGUUUACUUCGCCUCGUACACUUACUUCUCGUCCACCUACUUCCCCUGGAUGCCCAAUGCUGGCAAGUGCGCUGGUGAGGAAUUCGCCGCUUUUGCUGGAAUCGCAAUUCUCAGCUCCUACUUGGUCCUGUUCAUCUCCUUCUAUCUCGCGACUUACAAGAAAAACCCCACCAAGACUACCCGUGCGUCUCUGCGCCGCAUGAGCCAGGCUCCUCUUCCCGACCCUCUGCACGUCGCCGAGGCUGUCAGCGGAAAGGCAAAUGGCAAGACCACUGGUGCCAAGCCCAACGGUAGCAAGACGAACGGUGCCACCACCCGCUCCCGCAAGGCCUAA